AUGAAGGUCCCUGCAGCCACCCUGGCCACUCUGCUUCUCGUGGCCAUCUGCUCCUCGGCUGAGGCCAGUCUCAGUAUUGUCUCCACCAACUGCUGCUUCAGCUACCUGAGCCGCCCCAUACCGCGCAGACUCAUCGCCUCCACCUACCGCACCAGCAGCAAGUGCUCCCUGCCGGCAGUGGUCCUGGUCACCAAGAAGGGGACAAAGCUGUGUGCGGACCCCCAGGAGCCCUGGGUGCAGAAUCAUCUGAAGCACUUCCAGACGCUGAAGUACUGA